GCAAGACGCGAUGCCAAUGAGCCAACACACAUUCCUUUGAUUCUCAUUCAGACGCGAACAUGUUUGGUGGUCGAGGUGCCACUUUGGCACUCAUUAUUGCUUUGUUUACUGGGUUGUACCUAUGGGCGGAUGGCAUCAAACACAAAUUUUAUAUUUUCGACCCUCCGCAAAUGCAUGAGCUCGUGAAGGAGGCGAUCGCCUUAUAUCCAAACUCCACUGCAGGCGUCGUCCACCACAUCGUCACCUCGUUGCGCGAGACCCAUGGUGCUAACCACAUCGCAAUCGAUCCCUUUCCCGACCACCCACCACCGUCUGCAAAUGCCGUAUGGGACCCGGCCACACAAGUCAGUCCGUACUACGAUGAAUGGGUCUUCAACAACGCAGGCGGCUGUAUGGGCUCGAUGUAUUUGAUCCACGCCUCGAUUACGGAAUACCUCAUUAUCUUCGGCACGCCACUCGGUACAGAAGGGCACAGCGGUCGUCACACAGCGGACGACUACUUCCACAUUCUUGAAGGCGAGCAGUGGGCUUAUGAGGCCAACUCGCUGGUCAAAGAGGUAUAUCCCAAAGGAUCAGUGAAUCUCAUGAAGCGAGGUGUUGUCAGGCAGUACAAGAUGCACGAGGGUUGCUGGGCCUUGGAAUUGGCACAAGGUUGGAUCCCGCCAAUGCUUCCAUUCGGGUUUGCGGACACGUUCAGCAGCACACUUGACUUUUUGACCUUGUACCACACAAUCAGGAUUACAGGCAGAGAGAUGAUCAGGAACUUGCUUCAUGGCAAGAUCUAGAGCACACCAACGCUUCUGGCACUUCGGAGCGAGACACUUGUGGCGUUUUUGAUGGAUGCCAUUCGACUUCAGCCUUGGUCCUUGAGCCCAGGCCCUCCUGCAGUAGAGAAACUAGAUGUAAUAUCAAUUAAUUUAAAAGGCUUACAGGCCACAAUUAUCGUCAGA